AUGGACGGAGCUCGGGUGGCGGAGAAGAGGAAGAGGGCGCAGACAGGAAGGGGGCGGCGGAGGACCUGCGAGGAGGACGGCGGCGCUGGCCAGACGGUCUCAGACAUUGAAGACUUCUCGCCGGAGGAAGCCCGCAAGGUGAGGGCUGCUCUUCUCCGGUGGUACGAUGGCAACCAGCGGACGCUUCCAUGGCGGACAGCGGCACGCGGCGGCGGUGGCGGCGGCGGCGGCAACGACGGUAGCCGGGCUUACGCCGUGUGGGUCUCGGAGGUGAUGCUUCAGCAGACCCAGGUGUCGACGGUGGUGGCUUACUACAACCGAUGGAUGGAGAAGUGGCCCACCGUCGGGCAUCUCGCCGCCGCGUCUCAAGAGGUAAAUCCAGCGCAUCUCCUCCAGACUCGACAUUUGACCUCUUCUCGAAGAAGCAUUGAUGGAACUCCUUUGUCCUUCGUGCUUGCAGGACGUCAAUGACCUCUGGGCUGGCUUGGGCUACUACCGAAGGGCUCGGUUCCUGUUGGAGGUCCUCUCUCUCUCUCUCUCUCUCUCUCUCUCUCUCUCUCUCUCUCGCUCGCUCGCUCGCUGAGUAGGAUUCUUAUUGAUGGGAUCAGGGAGCGAAAUCGAUCGUCGAGGCUGGUGAGUUCCCGAGAUCAGCGGCCGAUCUUCGGAAAGUAAGAGGAAUAGGGGAUUACACGGCGGGGGCCAUCGCGUCCAUAGCUUUCGAUGAGGUGAGCAUGGAGGAUCACCCUUUCGACAUUCAACCCUCCAGUUUCCUCCGCCUUGGGUGAUCUUCUGAUACGAUCACCGGUGUCUUCUUGAUUCAAGGUGGUGCCAGUGGUGGAUGGGAACGUAAUUAGGGUUAUCUCUCGGAUGAAGGCGAUCUCAUCGAACCCCAAGGAAUCUGCGACCAUGAAGAGCAUAUGGUACCCAGUUGGGCAAAAUCCUGCUCCUCUCCCGCCAUUACUCGAAGUUUGAAUGAACUGGGGCUUCUUAAAAAUCGAUGUGUUUGCUAUUUCAGAUCAUUUGGUUCUUCUUUACAUCUGACUUUUUAAUAAAAAAUUCUCUACUAGAUGGGCAACUAGUUGACCCAUUGGCGUUUCAUAAUCAUUUAGGCCUUCUUUGACUACUGAUUUUGAUAAAUAUUUCGUCUUUGACUACUAGUUGACCCAUUUCUUGUUUAUGAUUAUUUGGGCUUUUUGUACAACCAAGUUCUCUUAAACUUUCCUCUUUCAGGAGGCUAGCUGGGCAACUCGUUGACCCUUCCCGGCCAGGGGACUUCAAUCAGGCUCUCAUGGAGCUCGGGGCGACCCUGUGCAGUCGGAGUAGCCCCAGCUGUUCCUCUUGCCCAGUCUCCGGUCAAUGCCUCGCCCUCUCCCUCUCAAAGAAACUUGAAUCGGCAGAAGUCACCGAUUACCCGAAAAAGGCUCUGAAACCCAAGCAAAGACAGGAUUUUGCAGCCGUAUGCGUUCUAGAAAUAGUACAAGAAUCAGACCUAGGAGCCCUAAAGACCAGGAACUAUAAAAAACUGAGGGUCAACGACUACAAGAAGUCUCUUCUUCUCAUUAAGAGGCCCGAGGAAGGGCUUCUAGCUGGCCUCUGGGAGUUUCCGACAGUUCUUCUGGCGGCAGGGGCAGACCAGGCUGCAAGAAGGGAAGCCGUUGACCGAUAUCUGACUGAGUCCUUGGGUGUCAAUCUAGGCGACGACUAUGAUGCCAUAUUUAGACAAGAUGUCGGAGAUUGUGUUCACGUUUUCAGCCACAUUCGGCUUCACAUGCAUGUGGAGUUGUUGACUAUUUCCAUUAAAGGUUUAACAUUGCCAGGGCUUUGGUCUUCAUAGCUUGCUGUUUUCGGACUCCUCUAAUGGGUUUGACCUCGCCAGGUGGGUUGGGUGCCUUGGAGGAGAAGGGCCAAGAUUUGACCACUUGGAAGGUUGUCAAUGAUGAUUCCAUCAGGAGCAUGGGGUUGACCUCUGGAGUCCGAAAGGUGAGCAACCCAGUCUUAAAUUCUUUGCAAAAAUUCAACUUCGCAAUUACAGAUUUAUUUUUCAUUUUUUUUUCAUGAACAUAUAUACUAUAUAUUCCAUACGUCUUGUAGAAAACAUGGCAUUAUGACAUCAUAUGUGGUGAAUUUAAUCAACUGUGAGUUGACUUGACAAAAACUUUAUUGGAAACCUUAUCAAUUGAGCAUAUUCUUCCGGGAAAAUAGCAAGAAAAUGGCAAAUUAUUAAUUUUUUCAUGCAUUCGAUUUUUUUUUCUUUUCCCCUUUUUAGGUUUACACCAUGGUGAAGAAUUUUAAGCAGAAGACUCUGCCAUCUCUUGCAGUAGGUGGGACGAAUACCAAGAGCAACAGGCGGCGAUGA